AUGGACAAUGAAAGUGAUAGUCGGAAAAGAAAAAGAGCUGGAAAAGAAGAAGUUGUAGACAAAGCGUUAAAGGAAUGGUUCUUACAAGUAAGGAAAAAAGAUGCCCGUAUUAAUGGUCCACUUUUAUGCCAAAAAGCAGAAGAUUUGGCAAAGAAAAUGGGGAAAGACGAUUUUGUUGCGACGGAAGGAUGGUUUCAACGUUGGAAGAAAAGGGAAAACAUCAGCUUCAUUAAAACACAUGGAGAGCAAGGGGAAGCCGAUUUUAGUGCUGCACAAUCGUGGUUUAAAACUCAUUGGACCGAUUUGCUAUCCCAGUAUUCCCCCUCUGAUAUUUUCAAUGCCGACGAGACUGGGCUUUAUUUUAGAGCUCUACCUGAACACACAUACGCACUCAAACUUGACAAAGCCAAAGGGGCAAAAACGAGCAAAGAGCGACUCACAAUUAUGUGUUGUGUCAGCAUGAACGGGGAAAAACGAAAAUUGAUGGUAAUAGCAAAAGAAGCAUGGAAUAAAGUAAGUGUGGAGACAAUUCGAAAUUGUUUUCGUCACGGUGGAUUCAAAACAGAUGACAAAACAGACGACGAACACGAACAUAGUUUGCCUGAAAAACCAGUCGAUCUCUCGGAUGAAGUUUAUGGCGAUUGGGUUGAUGUGGACUCACACCUCGAUGUGGCAGAGAUUCAAACAAAAGAAGAGUUUUGUAAUUCAGUAAUGAAUCCUCAAACAAUUGAACGGGCCAAUACUGAUGAUGAAGAAGAAAACAGCGAGGCACCCUUGGCACCGCCAUCAAACAAGGAAAUUGUAGAAGCUUUAAGUAUCCUUAGGAAAGCUGUUCAGCACCGUGCGGAUGAAAGAGGUUUUGAGGAGCACUAA